GAAGAAGUCACCAUGUUAUGAUUUGAUUAAACAGCCUUCAUAGAAAAGGAGGAGGCAGCUGGAGAGGACUCAGUAGAAGUAUUACUGUGGUGAGACGUAGAAUAUUAUAAAUUCACAGAGGCCUGAUUCGACUAGUCAAUAACUGAACUAAAUUAGCGAAUCUCGGAAGUUGUCCUUUAAACGUUUUAGGAGAGAAAGCUGAGAAACAACACCAGCAGUCUGUAGUGUGGCCAUAUCUUCUGUCCUGUCCAUCAGGCCUCUCAAGUGUCUUGUUGUAGUGGAGGUCCAGGAGGGAAGACAGGUAGGACACAGGAUGCCUCUGUUCUUCAGGAAGAGGAAGCCCAGCGAGGACUGCCAGAAGAGACUGGAAUAUCAGCUGUGCCGGUCUAAGGAAGCAGGUGCUGAUGACAUCCUAGACAUCUCAUCCUGUGAGCUCUCAGAGGUCCCCUCAAGUGCCUUUUCCAUUUGCAAGGUGCUACAGAAGAAGGUUCUUAUUCUCCAUAGCAAUGAACUGAGGAGUCUCCUGCCCAAAGGGUGUGACAUCAACGCUCUCUCCACUUUAAAGGUUUUGGAUCUGCAUGAGAACAAGCUUACUUCACUCCCAGAGGACAUUGGGAAGCUGGUGGCACUGCAGAUUCUUAAUGUGGAGAAGAACCGUUUGAAAACCUUACCGGAAUCUAUUGGGAAUCUGCAGCUCCUGCAGACACUCAAUUUAAAAGGGAACAAUCUCAGUGAGCUGCCGUCCUCAGUUGGUUCUUUGAGAAGCCUGCGCACCCUGGACCUGAGUGACAACCACAUUGGUCAGCUUCCCAAAGCUCUGGCCUACAUCCGCACAUUAGAGAGCUUUACUCUUGAUGCUGCCAUGAUGUCCUACCCACCUGCAUCUGUGUGUGCAGAAGGAACAGAGAGCAUCCAACGCUUCUUAUGCACUGAGCUGGGAGAAGAGUACUGCCCACCAUCCCAGUAUCUCCUGCCGGUACUGGAGAGUGACUGUUGCAAACAGUCUGACUGUUUGGACGGCUUGGAGGAGGCCUGGCAGAACAAAUUCAGUGACUAUGAGAAGAGAAAGGUGCAGAAGCAGCAGGAAAAGCUGGCCUUUGAGCGUCACCGGGAGGAAAAGCAAAAUGAGCACACCCAGCUUCUACUCAUGAAUAGUUCCCACAAGGAAAACAUCCUCAACUCAGUACGACAGGAGCAGGAGCGUAUGGAGCUGGGCGUGAGUCAGCAGCAAAGGGCUCAGGAGGCCGAGAGGCUACUGGUGCUGGAGAAAGUCCGACAAGCUGAAAACAACAUCACCAGUCGCAUCAGCAGCAUGUUGAUGGACAACAGCAGGCAGAAAAAGAGUGCAGAGUUUCUCCAAUCCAUGGAGGAAGAUCGGAUCCGUAUGGAGCAUCUGACAGCCAUCACACAAGAAGAGGCCAAUUCACUGAGAAAGAGGGAAGUGGCAGCGGCCAUGCAAAAGAUGCUGUCGGACAGCUGUGCGAUGAGCAUGCUCCAAGAGGCCAGUGACUGUCGCAGAAAGAGCCUGGUCUCUGAGGCCUGCAGGAGUAUGGAGAAUUUGGACAGGAAAUUCGACAAGAUGCUGUCCCUCCAAGUGUUGGACAAAUCUAAAGCCAUUGCCCAUAUCUUACAGGAGGAGGAGAUGCAGAAAGCAGCAUUCCAGGCCCUGCAGCUGCAGAAAGAUGCUGUACAUGGCUACAUCCGCAACCAGAUCAAGCUCAUAGAGGGUGAAUUAAUGCAGCUGACUAAACUGGAGAUUAAAAGACGCAAUCUGGAUGCUGAGAACCUGCAGGAGGUUCUGGUAGACCAGCGCACAGCUCUCAGUGACUUACUGCAGCAGCUGCUGAAGCAGAGGGACCAGAGAGAGCAGGAACUCCGGCAGGUUCUGGCGGAGAUGGAGCUGAAGUCUGAGUCUAACCAACAGAACUACUGGAUGAUACAAUACCAGAGACUGUUGGAUGCUAAGCCCCUGUCACUACGCAUGCAGGAGGCUGGUGUGGAGAAGGAUUUAGUCAACCUGCUGUGCAGACUGUCGGCGCAGCACUACCUGCCCAUUCUGGCCCAUAAUCGAGUGACAACUGAAGCGCUUCGCCACAUGAAGUCCUCUGACCUCAAGAAGCUUGGCAUUAGUGAGAUAGGAAUCCAGAAAGCUCUCCUGAACUGGGCCCGGGAACGCCAACCUGAAGGAGCUUGUAAGGCUGUCGAAAUGGAGGAGGAAGCAGAAGUCACAGUUCCUUCAGCUCCUUCAGCUCCUUCCCCAUCCAUAUCUCCUCCUCUUCCCACCACCUCGAGCGUCCAGAUGCCCAGCCCGCCGCUCACUCCAGGGACUCCCGUCACCCCCUCUGCACCCACUCCUGUCGAGGGACCAGGGAGCUCUGAAUGUGUGGUCUGCAUGGAGACUGGGUCUCAGGUCAUCUUCCUGCCAUGCGGUCAUGUAUGCUGUUGUCAGGUCUGUAGCGAGGCGCUGCAGAACUGCCCUCUGUGUCGCAGCAACAUAUCCCAACGCAUACGCCUCUACCACAACUAGAGCCGACCGCAUCACUGUGCUCCUCCUUCACCGACCACCACUUUCUCUAUUUAUGCAUGAUCAUAAAGCUGCUGUGAGGAAACUUUGUCAUGUAUAAAAAAAGCUUAUAGCAGGUUUUUAAAGCGCUGAGCCACUUUUCUGUAUUAACCAAAUAGUACUUUGUGAUGUAAAUGCAGCAACAACUUUGAGUAAUAAUCUUUUUAAUUAGGUUGUAUUUCUAGUUGUCUGUGAUGUAUGAGCCUGGUUUAUUUUUGCGUUCUUUUUUAAUGUUUUAUUUGUAUUAUAUAUUAAGAGCUGAGUGGAUUACACCACUCACUGGUUGAAGACCGACUGUUCUUUGCCUUAGCAUACCUUCUCAAUUGAUGUGUGCCUUUUUCUGGAAAUCUCUUUUUUUUAAACAAUUGAGUUUGUCUCUGUUGUCAUUCAAAAAUAGCAUAACUCCAACAUUUCUAUAAGUUGACAAAAAUAUAAUCUAUUGAUUGUUGCUGUUUGCUGCCAUUGCUGGUUGCUAUCACUAAUGCAAUCUAAUGCUGUUGCACUUCAAUCCAUUUCUCAAGUCAUUGUGACCUCACUGUCAGUGACCUCUUUCACUUCCCUUCCUGGGCUGUCUGGGUCUGAUGCAAUCACUUAUCUUGUCUUUAUAUGAGUAAAUUAUAUACUAAUGCAUAUCGAGACCAUUUAAUAGGACACCAAAUUCUGAUCAGAGUAGAAACCAGCUGCUGGUCCCCUAUUUUAAUCCUCACUUUCUCACACUCUGGUAAUCUGAAACAAAUAUUUUCAUUUGCACCAUCAAAGCACAAUGUCACUUGAUGUAAUGAACAUCAUAAAGUUGAGCUCCACCAAUUGUUACCAUUUCGUUUCAGUUCUACUCAGACUCUUCUUGCGUGUAGCUUUUUUUAAGAUGUGCUUACCCGAUGGACAAGAUUCAAUUAUUCUUAACAUCGUGUCAUUUUAUUUUUUAUCUACAGUUAAGCAGAAUAUGAAGAGUUCAUUUGCAAAAACAGAUAACUCCGUUUUGAUAAAUUUUCAGAAAACUUUUUUGUUUAUUGUUUACUUGAGAUAUCAAUCAGACUGAAGUUGAGUGGAUUUGACUCAGUAGAAAAAUACAUGACAAAAUAGAGAAAAAUAAAUUAUUAGUGUUAUUAUUAUCUCAAAUAAACAAUAAAAAAAAUGAGUUUUCUGAAAAUUUAUAAAACAGAGUUAUCUGUUUUAGCAAAUGAACUCUUCAUAUACUGAUACUUCUGUCUUUACCAGUAGUCUGGUGUUAUACUAUCAAAACUGAUGCAAAGCUUUGUAAUAUGUUAUGAAACCCUGAAUGGAAAGAGGCAACAUUGUAGUUUCCAGUUUAACCUGAUGGAGACAGUAUUGUUUCACAUUUCUAACUGACUGUCACAGGAACAUGGUGGAGCUGCAGCUGGGUGCAGGUUUAGCUCAGAGAAGCAUUUUAUUUCAUAUUAAAGAGUUUUGAUGACAAAAGCUCUGCAGAUAAAAUGUACGUGAGAAAUGAGUGUUCAUGCCAAUCGUGAACAAAGUCAUUUUAAAGCUAAAUCGGAGCAUGAUGGAGGGAUUCAGAACGCAUAUCAGACAAUCGCAACAACUAACAUAUGUUCAGUAAGUGUCUCAAGGCAAAUUUGGACUCAUGGAAGCUUCUAGUUCCCUCACCUGCCUCACUCCUGCUCCUGCCGUGUGUCCAGACAAGUAGCUUAUCAGGUAAACUUUGGCAUUUGGCUGGAUUAAAAGAAACAGAGGAGCAACAACUUUCAAAUGCUGCAAAAGACCUCAGUUUGGAUCAGAACCCCCUCGGCUGAAAACCUCCCACUAAACCACUAGAGAUGCUUUGGUUGUUCAUCCACACCUGACCACCAAACAGUGGAGCAGGGUGUGCUUUGUGCAACAUCCGGGCUGCAGUAACCUCCAUCAUGCAACUGUGAUUUGAUGUCAGUGUAUGAGAACUUCUAGAAGAUAAGACAGAUACAGGAAGUAACUCAUCAAUGCGACCUGGAAAAUGCUUUUAAAAGGUUCUAACAGCUGUAAAUAACUGGGAAGCUUCAUAAAUGAUGAGCAUAUUUUUGGUAUUUGUUGAUGUUCAUACUACGCACUGUGCAUUUGAUUGUUUGAGAUGUUCUUUUGUGGCAUUAUGGGAAACGUUGCUGUUUUUGGAGCUUGACUCAUAGGAGGAAGUAAAGGUUCCAAUAUCUGCUGCUGCCAUUUUGACAAUUUGCUCUUCUUCCUGUGAAAAUGCAUUACUAAAUUGGUGAAGUAUCCCUUUGAAACUAUUUUUUUAAGCAGAGAGCCUCUUUCAGCUCUGAUAAUAAAGCAGGACCCACAUUAUUCUCUUGUCAUUACAGGCAACAUUGUGCUUUAGUGGUGCACAAAUUCCUAAAUCUGUGGACUAAAUCACAACUAAUCAAAUGACCGCAAACUGUUUGCUAAAUGGUCGCACUGGAGAUCCCUGGAUGGUCGUCCAACCUUUGGCACCUCCUUAGUCUCUUGUCCAUUUGUCUCUGACAUAUCAUUGGAUCCCACUCUCUUUUUUUAGUUGCUGUUUACUGUACAUUAUAUAUGUACGACCUAAGAACGCAUCACCUGUCUGUAGCAUUACUAAUGCUGUUAUAGUAUACCAAGUGCUCUUAACUUCUCAGCAUGUUUCAGGAAAUAUUACUAACUGUAAAUGAUCCAGUUUGAUGUUGUGUGUAAGAGAUUCCACUUCAUUGUAAAGCUGACACUUCAUGUCAUCAGAUAAAAUGAGAUAAAAUACACGUCA